AUGUUUGCAGGCUUGGAUUUGGAUUGUGGACACUUUCUCGGAGUGCACACAGAGCAGGCUCUGGGAAGAGGCCUAAUACAUGAAGUUGACGUUAACAAUGCAUUAACAAACACAAUUGCGGUGCAAAUGCGGUUGGGUAUGUUUGAUGGGGAGCGAUUAGGAGGGGAGUUUGGGAACUUGGGCUCAAGAGAUGUAUGCAACCCAACCCACCAACAGCUAGCCCUUGAGGCCGCUAGACAAGGUAUUGUCUUGCUAAAGAACCGUGGGUCGCUGUUGCCACUGUCCAUCCGGUCUCAUCGAACUGUAGCAGUCAUUGGGCCCAAUUCCAAUGCUACAGUUACAAUGAUAGGAAAUUAUGCUGGUGUUGCAUGUGCUUACACAAGCCCACUACAAGGCAUAAGGAGAUAUGCUAGGGCCAUUCACCAAGAAGGGUGCAUCGGUGUUGCCUGUGAAGGGGUCCAAGGAUUUGGGAAGGUGGAGGCUGCAGCCCGGGUGGCCAAAGCCUCAAGAGGGCCUACCGUGUUGGUGCUAAUAAGCGGUGGACCUAUUGAUGUAUCCUUUGCGAAGAACGAUCCCCAAAUCAGUGCCAUCUUGUGGGUUGGCUAUCCUGGUCAGCCUGGAGGAGCUGCCAUUGCAGAUAUUUUAUUUGGUACAAACAAUCCAGGAGGAAAACUGCCCAUGACAUGGUACCCACAGGGCUAUGUAGAAAGGGUGCCAAUGACAAUCAUGGACAUGCGGGCAAACCCAUUCACAGGCUACCCUGGUCUCACUGUCCCCUAUGCUGGCCCCCAUGCCUUGAAAAAUUCUUCCGUCAUGAGCAAUGGUCUCAAGAUCGAGCACGCUAAUUGCGAUGAACUCAUAAUACCCGUUUACAUCGAUGUAAAAAAUACAGGAACUUUGGAUGGGAUUCUUUCGCUUCUUCUAUUCUCGUUCCCACCUCCUGGGAUAUGGGCAACCAACAAGCAAUUAAUAGGCUUUGAGAAAGUUCAUGUUGCAGUGUAA